AUGGAUGAAUCAAUGCGUACUGAAGCUUUUGAACCUCCAUGGAUGAGAGAUUUGUUGGGACCAAACAGGGAUGCCAAUCCGAACCUCAAUAUACCAGAUUACAAACCCCGAAUAGGUUUGGAGUUUGAUUCAUUGGAUGAUGCAAAAAAAAUUUACAAUGAGUUCGGAAGGAUUACUGGUUUCAGUGUUCGAAUUGAAUACUCUAACAAAUGCAAAAAAACAGAGAGGAUCACUUCUAGGAGGUUUGUUUGUUCGAAAGAAGGGUUCCGACAUGAAGACAAUAGGGAUAUCAAAACUAAAAAGCCGCGUCAAAAGACAAGACCUGGUUGCAAGGCACUUAUGACAGUUGUAUUGAAUAAAAAGAGCCAAAAAUAUGAGGUUACUGAUUGUUUUGAUGAUCACAAUCACCCACUUCAUAUUCAAGAAUGUGUCCAUUUGAUGCCUUCACAACGAAAAAUUACAAAAGCUCAAGCAAUUGAAGCUGAUUUGGCAGAGGCCUCUGGGAUUAGAUUACGAUCAUCGUUUGAGCUUGCAUUUCGACAAACAGGUGGAAGGGAAUGUCUUGGUUUUACUCGCCAAGAUUUGAAAAACUAUCUUUGGACCAAACGACAACGGGACUUGAAGUUUGGGGAAGCUGGAAGUUUAUUGGCGUAUUUUGUGGACAAAUCAAUGAAAGAUUCUUCAUUUCACUUUAAUAUGCAAUUAGAUGUUGAAGAACAAAUUACUAACAUCUUUUUAGCUGAUCCGAAAAUGAUAAUUGACUAUAGUAUGUUUGGGGAUCUUGUUAGUUUUGACACAACAUAUAGAACCCAUAAGGAUUAUCGUCCGUUAGCAGUUUUUUUGGGGUUUAACAAUUAUAGAAAGAUUGGGGCUGCACUUCUCUAUGAUGAAACUGUUGCCUCGUUUGAAUGGUUAUUUAGGAGCUUCUUUGAUGCUAUGUCGGGAAAGAAACCGAAAACAUUUUUCACCGAUCAAGACCCUGCUAUGGCAAAGGCUAUUUCGUUGGUUAUGCCUGACACAUUCCAUAGAAUAUGCAUGUGGCAUAUGAAGCAAAAUGCAAUUAAGCACUUGGGAAGUAAAUAUAUAGGUGAUCAUGGUGGGAUUGGUGCCGAGCUUAGUAAAUUCAUUUACAAUUAUGAGGAUGAGGAAUGCCUUUGCAUUGCUUGGGAAGAAAUGCUUGACAGAUUUGAUGUUCAUGAUAAUAGUUGGUUGCCUACUAUAUAUGGGGUGAGGGAAAAAUGGGCAAAGCCUUAUGUUAUGACAGUUUGGUCGGCUUGGGCUAAUACUACACAGGUAAGUAAAAGCUUCAAUGCCAAGCGUCGUAAUUUCUUGCAAUCGGACUUAGGAAUAGUGCAUUUCUUUAAGCAUUUUGAAAGGGUUAUUAAUGAUAUUAACCACAUAGAGUUGGAAUGUGAAUAUGCUUCUCGUCAAAAGUUACCGAGAAUUGGAUUACCCAUUCCCAUGUUGAUUAAUAUAGGAGAUUUUUACACAAACCAGAUUUUGGAAUUAUUCAAGAUAGAAUAUUUGAAUAGCUUGCGUGAUUUUGCUUGGAAACAAGAUGAAAGUAACCUUUCACAUGACUAUAUGGUCAAGACACCUGAUGAGCCUAUGGUUCGUGAAGUGACAGCCAACCCACAAGGCCCUCAAGUGUCAUGCACUUGUCGAUUGUUUGAGAGAUGUGGAAUUUUGUGUUCCCAUGCUUUCAAAGGCCUUGACAUGAUGAACAUCAAAGAGAUACCAGAAUCUUACUUGUUGAAGAGAUGGGCAAAAAAAUCCAAAGAUGGAUUGGUGCAAGAAAAUAAUAGGUGUGUAGCUAAACAAGUUGUGGCUGAUUUGGAUAUGAAUGCUCAUCAUAGAAUGUUGUGCCCGAGUUUGAUUAAGUUGGGUUGUCGUGCAGCUGAAAGCAAAGAAACUACAUGCAUGCUUAUGAAAAAUUCUAUUGAAAUGGCAAAAAAGAUUGAUGAUGUCUUAAGCAAACAAGCUAGUGUGAACGAACAAGAAAAUGAUGCUCAUGCACCUUCAUGUCCACAAAAAUCAAGUGAAAAGGUUGCAGAAGAAAAUCAACCUCAUAACCCACAUGAUAAUAUGCCUCUUUAUGUGCCUGUGUUCGAAGAUAAGAACAUGGAUCAAGUCAUCUCCAUCCACAGGGUGUUGAGAUGCCCAAUUCCAUGUCAUGGAUGA